UCCUGGUCUUUGGGUUUUCAUUCUAUGCUGCCUCUCAUAAAGCACCACCUGUCUAAAACUUGGCUAAUCCACGGCGAGUGGGCUAUCCGGCGAAGUGAAAAGCUGAUGAUAUCUGUGUUUCAGAGGUCGUCGCUGAGGAGGAAUUGUAUGAAAUGGGGAUAUUCAAGAGCAGUUUUGUUUUCAUGAUUGGGACUGUGUGUGGAGUGUACAUUGCUCAGAAUUAUGAUGUUCCCAACAUAAAGAAGCUCGCCAAGACAGGGAUCUUUAUGGCUAAGCACAUUGAAGAGAAUUACCGGAAGCCAAAGAAGAAAGACGAUGACUAAUAAUGGUUUACUCAGACUUGUUGCUGAAGUCCAGGUUCUUCCUCUUUUUUUCUUUAGAGUCGAUAGAUUUCUGUAUUGGUAUUGAUGUAAUUCAAUCAGUUUUUUGUGUUACAAUUUUUUUUAGACAUUAUUACAAUUGCCAUCAAACCAAUUACCAGUUUUGAUUGAGAUUUAAUAAUGUAUAUUCAAUUUGUUUCAAAAA